GACUUUUUUUCCUGUUUCAUCUGCCGUGCUGAGCGGAGGCUUGUCGUUCGAUCUCUCUAGCGCUUUUGUGUGUGUGUACGAGCUCUACCGGCAUUUUCCCCAGGAUUCUGCCAAGAAAAGAAGGACCCGAAACUACCAAUUAACCGUCUUCGCUGAGUGAAAAGUGAAUUCACACGCUCGAAUCAUCAACAUGCCUGUUCCGGAGCUCCAGAAACCAGCGCCCGCCUUCAGCGGUACCGCCGUCAUCAACGGAGAGUUUAAGGAGAUCAGCCUGGAGCAGUUCCGCGGCAAGUACCUGGUGCUGUUCUUCUAUCCGCUUGAUUUCACCUUCGUCUGCCCGACCGAAAUCAUUGCCUACUCCGAUCGGGUCGAUGAGUUCCGCGCCAAGGGUUGUGAGGUGGUCGCCUGUUCGACCGACAGCCACUUCACGCAUCUGGCCUGGAUCAACACACCGCGCAAGCAGGGUGGAUUGGGUGAGCUCAAGAUCCCGCUGUUGGCCGACAAGUCGAUGAAGAUCGCACGUGAUUACGGGGUGCUGCAGGAGGAAUCCGGUGUCCCAUUCCGUGGACUGUUCAUCAUCGACGAUAAGGGCAAUCUGCGACAGGUGACGGUGAACGAUCUGCCGGUCGGCCGUAGCGUCGACGAGACGCUCCGACUGGUCGAGGCGUUCCGCUACACGGACGAGUUCGGUGAGGUUUGCCCAGCCAACUGGAAGCCGGGCAGCAAGACGAUGGUGGCCGAUCCGCACAAGUCCAAGGAUUACUUCAAUGCUGUGAACUAAGUUUUUGUAACCCCUCUAUUCCUUGGCGCGUGUGUCUGUGUACGUCCAUAUCUCAUGCAUUCUCCUUAUCAUUAUAUCCAAAUCGAUCCGAGGAGGGUUGAUCCCUGUCAAAGACAUACCCGGCGCACUCUACACAUCGUCCUCCUCUUUCGGCUUACUGCCUCGGUAGAACCGGGGAGAAGAAACAGAAGAGACAGAGAGGGCAUUAGAACGCUAAAAAGCAAAAAAUGAAGCUCGUUACUUGUAAGUUAUAGCACAGCGGAUGGAAACGGAAGUAAAAAGCAAAAGCCCAAGAAGCAUGACCCCCAAAAACACACAAGAGAGCUAUGGUGUGAAAAGGAAAAGCUGAGAACAAUAAAGUAUUGAUUUUUUGAAAAAAUUGAAUAAAA